CGCCGUUCACUUGUUCCAUGGUGGGGAAUAAUGUCACUUGCUUAAGUUCAACUUCACAUUCUUGUUCUUGCCCGCGCAUACAACAACGAAGGCGCUGCACUUCAUAUUUUGCAGCCCCGUAACUCUCCACAAGAUGCCUGCGACAUCAUCGGGUCGCAUCGUCAAGUCCCGAAAGGGUAAGACGGGCACUCCACACCAGAAGAACCACCGCUGGGAGUCUUUCACUGUGAAGAUCUCCAAGCUUCAUUCCCUCGACCCUCUGCGCAGAGUACGUCGACAUGAUCUCGAUGCCGAGGACUUUGAGUCGACGACCUCAUAUUUCAGGAAUGGCCUCGACAAAUGGGCCGAUAUGGAUGUCUCCAGAGAGUUCAUCUCUUUCAAGAGGGAGGUAAACCCCCUUUGCGAGAGCUUGCCCCAAAUCAUCCACUUCGAGGGCAAGAUUAUGGACUUGCUUGAGAAGUACAUAUCCGCCCAAUCCAGAGAGUCGCUCGAGUCACUUUUAGAUCUGUUGACUGCAUUUGCCCACGAUCUCGGAACUCGAUUUGAGAAGCAUUACCCGCGAGCCUUGGCACUCAUCACGCAAAUAGUCAGCAGAAAGCACGAGGCCGAUGUCAUCGAAUGGACAUUUGCCUGUCUGGCCUUCCUAUUCAAGUACCUGUCGAGACUCUUGGUCACAGAUAUCCGCCCGACCUACGAUGCCGUCGCACCGUUGCUCGGAAAGGCGCGCAAUCCCCAAUACAUAGCACGAUUCGCUGCCGAAGCCAUGAGUUUCCUCAUUAAGAAAGCUGCCGCCCCCUCAUACCGAGAGAAGUCGCUUCCACUGAUCGUCGAACAUGCUCGCAACGACCUGAAGAACACCCGUGGUGAUAAGCAAUACGAGUUGUAUUACCAUGGCCUCAUGACCAUGUUUGCUGAGGCUAUGAAAGGCCAAGGCAACGGGGUACACACUACUGCACCGGCUUUAGUCAAGGCCCUGAUCGGGUCAGUACCCGAAGAAGAGAGUUGUUCGGAAGAACCCGAAACCUGGGCCGACGUUGUCUGUGGUACAGUGAUCAGCAUUAUCCAUCAUACUACAUCUGAGACCUUUGAGCCAAUUGCGCAAGCCAUCUAUGACAGCCACGAUGGCGCGCAAGGCUUGCAUAACGUUUUGUUUUUGCGCCUCUUGGGUAUCAUAGCUGGCGUUCGGAAGGGCACCCGAAUCACAGAUUGGUCCACGUUACUCGAUUUCCAACGCCAAUGUCUUGCUGGUCUACUUGUAGAUAAGUCCGCCCUCACAGUCCUCGAGCCAUCCGCCAUCUGGGAUUACAUCAUCGUGAAUAUUGCUAUAGUCUGGCAAUAUGCUUCGUUCGACGCUGUCACGCCCCAUAUUGCAGACUUAAUGAAGACAUUGGCAACGGAGCCUUUGAAGGGGUGGUUCAUACCGUUUUGCUCCUACUUUUCCGAGUUGGAUGCCAAUAAGUUUCGAAGUCUGUUCCAAAACCACUUUCAAAAAUUCAUUGGUUCCCAUUGGGCCGAGGAUAGUAAUCAGGACAUGCUCUACAUACUUCUGCCUAGGAUGGUUCAGUCUCAAGCACUUCCUUCUCUGGACGACAGCAAACCUUUCUCCCUACCCCAGGCCUGGCAAGAGGAGAUUAUCAAGACAUUUGGACGAUUGGAGGACACACCUUUCCCAGAAGCUGGGCCCCAGGGGUGCGACGAAAGCCCUGCUAUCCGGAGAAAUACAUGUUUACCAAAAUACGCUGCGAUCCUGCACCUAUUAGAGUAUGCCAGUGUUGAUACAAAGACGACGGAGUUCAUUUCGGACAGGCUUUCCACCAAAUUGAAGCUCGCUCUUCGACCUUCCGAUUUUCUCGGAAACGAAGAAGCGCGAUUCAUCGUCAGUCAGGGAUUUGCCUCUUACAUACGGCUGAGCAAAGCUGUGGGAAAGUUCGACGAAUCUCUUGGUCCGCUGCUCCGGGCGGCUGCACCUCGUUAUUCAACCUUGACCGGCUAUCUUGAGGCAAUGCUCACCUACGAGGCGCAAGCUGGAUCGUCGCCUCAGGGAGAUGACAGUGAAAGCCCCGAAAAAGAGCAGAGUCCUCUUCUCAAAAGUCUUAUUGGAAAUCUUGCAUCGCAAUCAUCUGAACUUCGUACCGCUUCUUUGAAACUACUCAGCAGCAUGAAAUCGGCACCGGACCAACUAGAUGCCUUGUCCAUUAUGUUACAUACCCAACAAAUGCCUUUGGAUCUACAGAACGCUCGCGCUAUUUCAGUAUAUCUUCGAAAACUCGGAGCUAUCUACGCCCGGCUUCAUGAGGAUUCUUGGCUUCGGCAAGCUGUUCCUGCUUAUCUUUUCGGAAUGCUGACAGUCAAGCUCCUGCCGGUUUGGGAGACUGCAGUCGAGGCUUUGAAACAAGUCAGCCAAUCGUCCAGUGGAGAAGAAGCCGUAUGCGACCGUGCCUUUACAUGGCUCGAGUCAUCAUCAAAACGAUGGGACGGAUCUGGACAACAGGCAACUGGGCCUCCACGUCGAUUUGCCACCGAUUUCGAAUGCCUCAAUCUUAACCAGCUGCGCAAAAAGGCUGAUGAUUCUAAGCGGGCCAGCAUAGAGGCAUCCGACGUCUUGCUGCAUGAGUUUGAGGAGAGCCAGGAGCUUGCCGAGGAAAACCCGGCGAACGCACGUUCGCAAGCUCUGAAGGUCUUCUCAGCAGCCCCGAACCUAGUGGAAAAGCGAUCGCGCAAACUGGUUCCCAUUUUCUUAUCAUGGGCAUCAGAUACUGACGACCAAGCUGAUAAUUUUGAGGAGGAGCAGGCUUCUAGUACUGGCGAGUUUUGGUCUCUGACAGAUAGAAAGGCCCUUUUGGGCGUCUUUGCACAAUUCGUGAACCCUAAGGUUCUCUUUCAAAGCCAGCAGGUCUACGAUGCACUACUGAAGCAGCUAGCAAAUGGUGAUAUCGAAGUACAGAAAGCAGCGUUGAAGGCUAUUUUGGCGUGGAAGCAAGAGGGAUUGAAGCCAUACCGAGAGAGUCUUGACUUCUUGCUUGACGAAGCCAGGUUCAAGAACGAACUUACUGUUCUCUUCCAAGGUGAUAACCAGAUCCAGCCCAAACAUCAUGACGAGGCUAUGCCAGUGCUCCUUCGCCUGCUUUAUGGUCGGACAAUCUCGAAGAAGGGCGCGUCUAGUGGCCGAGGCGGGCUUCAUGCUACUCGUCUCGCGGUGCUUCGGAACUUGAGCGUCGAGGAUAUGGGCGGCUUCUUGGACAUCGCAUUAGGAGAUUUACGUGGCGUUCACGUUGUCGACGCAAACGGCAACCUUCGUGCCGACGUCCUUAACCGGAAUGUGCUCACUGUCCGAAAACAAGUGGGUUUCUUGAACAUGAUUUCAUCCAUGAUCAAUGAGCUUGGCACGAGCGUCGCCGACUAUACAUCAACAAUCAUUUCUGCUGUACUUUAUUGUCUUGUUAAUGCUUGCCGCAAACUUGACAAAGCGAAAGACGGCGCAGAUGAAGAUGAUGGUGACACCAACACUUCACUGCUUCGAAACGUUCGAAGCAUCGCCCUCAAAUGUGUAGUAUCGCUUCUGCAAAACGCGCAGAUGUUCAACUGGGCGCCCUAUUCGGACGUUAUCAUCAAGGAAGUUGUGGCACCAAGACUAGACAAUCUACCAACGGAGAACACCGAGGGUGUCUCGGGAACCAUGCAACUGCUCUCCACCCUUUCCUUGAUACCUAAGACAGCUCUAUUUCUUGGUAUCGAUGAAAGAAUCAUAGGCAAACUGACAGACUUAUUGUUGAUCGCUAAAGCGAAGGAUGAGGUCAAGAUUUUUGCGCUCAGUAUUGUGCGCAACCUAAUCAAGCUGGCUGAAGCUCCCGCUGCUGAAUCCGAGUUCAACGAACUCAUUAAAGAAGAACUCCUCGAUUCCAACCUGGAGAUGAUACUUGGAAAGAUCAGCCGGCUCCUGCGAUCUCAGGAAAGGACUGACACCGAGCCGGGCAAGGAGCUCGGCAAAGACCUUCUGGCUGCUUGUGUCGAGACCAUUGUCGAACUGUCCCCACUUGUUCAACAAUCAGGCAAUGCCACGGAUUUGAUCGAUAUAUCCGUUUUCCUUCUGAAUCAGCCGCCACGUCGUGUCCACCCCAAGGUAAAGGGUAGCGUUCUUACGAUUCUGGAAAACUUCUUGCAACUGGAAAACGUUUCACCUGACAGCGAACUACGAAGUCGCAUCUACACGACUAUCUCGAGCCUUUACAACUUCUUCAAGGAUAAGUCUAGUCGUGAAGCUCUAUCCAGGGUACUAGCUGUUUUCGUGUCAAAAGAUUCGAAUAUUUCGGAUGAGGUAGCUAGGCUUUGUGCCAAGCUAAAUUCUUACGUUGAAGGUCGCAUUGACGAGCCCGCAUACGAUGAACGAUUGGAUGCCUACAAUACCAUUCCAAGGUGUCGUUCACAGCACGAAUAUGGUAUACUAUCUACCAAUUCAGCUGAUGGCAUAAACCGAUUUGCCGAUGCAGCCGCAUCGUCUACAGGCAAGGAGAAGGACAAAUUUUUUGAAAUGCUUCAAUCCAUGGUACUGCCUGCUAUUUUCGCUGGCGCUCGGGAAACAUCCGAGACCGUGAGAAGAGAAACAGUUCGAGUGCUCGGUCAUUUAGUAACUCGAUUACCGUCUUGGUCCCCAAUCAGUGACUUGGUACACUUAAACCCACCACCAGACGAGAAGGACACGGACCCCAGUUUUUUCAGUCAUAUCCUCAGUUCAGCAGCCUCGAGGCAGAUAAGAGCACUACAAUUGCUGUCCAAGGUCAUCAGCCACACGGAGCUGAGCAGUCGAAACUUGGCCCACUUCUUCGUCCCUCUUCUGGAGCACUUUGUCUAUGGUCGUGAAGAUGGAGAAGACGAUCAUGGUGUUGGUGCGCAGGCUUCUACUACGAUUGCAGAUAUUUCGAUUUCUCUCGAAUGGCCGCAAUAUCGUGCCACUUUGAGCCGAUACAUUGGUUAUAUUCAAUCCAAGCCCGAGCAACAGAAGCACGUGGUCAGGCUUCUGGGCAAGUUGAUUGACAGCCUUGCACUGGCCGCAACUGAGAAAUAUGAAGAUGCUAUGGAUAUCGAUGGCCAGGAUGAGCAAUCAUCAAGCAAGAAACAUCGCUUAGCAACAACCAUGCCAGCAAUGGAUAAAUUCAGCGAUGAUGUCAUCAACAACAUCAUGCCGCCACUUAUGAAGUAUAUUCACGGAAAAGACGAGACCACUGUGAGCUCGCGCGUGCCUGUUGGUGUGAUUAUUGUCAGGCUUCUGAAAGUGCUUCCAGCCGAGUUUUUGGAACAAAAACUACCUGGAGUUCUGACUGAUAUCUGUCACAUUCUUCGCAGCAAAGCCUGGGAAUCACGAGAAAUGGCACGUGAUACGUUGGCAAAGAUGACCGCGCUCCUUGGUCCAAGUGCUUUUGGAUUUGUUCUGGACGAGUUACGAGGUGCGUUAACGAAAGGCUAUCAGCUGCACGUCUUGUCAUACACUGUGCAUGCCAUUUUAGUUCGGGUGACCCCCGAAUUUCAGCCUGGCGAUUUGGAUUACUGUCUUGACAAGAUUGUGGCUGUGAUCAUGGAUGACAUCUUUGGUGCCACUGGUCAAGAGAAGGACGCAGAAGAAUACACAAGCCAGAUGAAGGAGGUAAAAAGCAGUAAGAGCCAGGACUCGAUGGAAUUAAUUGCCAGAACAGCUUCGAUCGGCCAAUUACGUCAGCUUGUUCGCCCUCUGCAGGCACUCCUUCUGGAAAAGCUCGACUUGAAAAUGGUGCGAAAGAUUGACGACUUGCUCAACCGGAUAUCUAAUGGAUUGCUUGGCAACGCUGCUGCAGAAAGCCGCGACACCCUGAUCUUCUGCUAUGAGGUUAUCCAAAAGGUGUACGAAAGCGAAAAGCCUCAGGCGGAGCAGAGGCUAGACUUCAAACUUCGUCGCUAUUUGGUACAAAAAGGAGCCAAGAAGAGUGGCGAGCGUAGCACGACCAAUAAGUACACACACAAGCUCGUUAGAUUCGCAUUUGACAUUCUUCGAUCUGUCCUCAAGAAGCACGACAGUUUGCGUAACGCUGGCAAUAUCUCAGGAUUUGUUCCAAUCUUCGGAGACGCUAUUGUUGGAGGCGAGGAAGAAGUCAAGAUAGCCACGUUUAAACUCCUCACAGUUCUUGUCAAGGUCCCGUUCAAGACAGAUGAUUUCAUGAAGCUCUACAAGGUUGCGGCCAAGGAUGCGAUCAAGAGCAUCUCAAUUUCGACCACAACGACUAGCGACCUUGCGCAAACGGCCUUGAAGCUUGUCUCAGUUACACUUAGAGAUAGGCGAGACGUUCCUGUCAAGGAUGCCGCCGUGGAUAUGCUCCUAGGAAAGCUUAAGGAUGAUUUGACUGAGCCCCUCUACCGCCACGUCACCUUCAACUUUUUACGUGCCGUUUUGGAUCGAAGGGUCGAGACGGCCACGGUUUAUGAUACUCUUGACUACGUCGGCAGUAUUAUGAUCACCAAUGAUGACAAGGACACUCGAGACUUGGCACGUGGCGCCUUCUUCCAAUUCCUUCGCGAUUACCCGCAAAAGAAGAACAGAUGGGCUAAGCAGCUUGCUUUCGUUGUGGCAAACCUCAAGUACGAACGCGAAGGCGGUCGUUUGUCCGUUAUGGAAGUUAUCCAUUUGCUUUUGAUGAAGUCAGCCCAAGACUUCGUUCAAGAAGUUGCCACCACGUGCUUCAUCCCGCUUUUCUUCGUCCUCGCCAAUGAUGACAACGAAAAGUGCCGACUAGCAGCUGGUGAGCUGCUCAAGGAGAUAUUCCGUAAAGCUGAUAAGGACAGCACGUCCAAAUUUCUGAACCUUCUCCGAAACUGGCUUGGACAGGAUGGCAAUCAGUCCGUUCUCCGCCUCGCUAUUCAGACCUUUGGCUUCUACUUCGAAGCCAGAGAGUCCACUCCGAAGGACCAGAAAGACCUCGAUACUCUCUUGACUAAGAUCAAUGAGAUACUUGACGACUAUGCUACCUUUGCGGAUGAUUGGGAGCUUAUCAAUACUGUCGUCGAGGUUGUGCCCUGUCUCAUGGAUAAACACGAGUCGGUGGUUUUGGCGAAUGAACAGCUGUGGCACGCCAUUGGAAAGCCACUUGCUUCAUCUCACCCGACAGUCAAGUUGGCAAGCAUCAAACUGCUCAACAGGUAUCUGACCGACUUUUACGAGAACACAAAAAAUCCAGAAGAAACUGAUGUGCUAGUCGGAUCGCACGGUCUCCGCCUUGAGAAGGACGCCAUCGAGGCUCUUGUCAUGCUCGCCACCAAUCUUCUGAGCCCACCUACUAUCGCCAGGUGGCGCAAACGCAUUGCCAAGCAGGGUUCUUUGGAUGCAUCUGAAGUCGACGUUAGCAAUGAGACGCCAGAUGUGGAUGAAAACCUCGCAGGCGAAGUGAUUCAGACUCUCGCUCGUCUCGGUAAAUUUUUGGACCCAAAGCCAUCAGCUUCUGACAAAACAGACGAGGUUGGCAAUGGAAAUGCAGACAACAAAGAAGAAGACGAUGAUGAAUGGAGUGGUGUCGAUGAUGAGACCCCCAAAGCCGCCCCCAUCACUCUACACACUCUUCUUAACUUCCUUUCCGACAUCCUUGUCAUCGAAACACGUGCACAAGCGUCUGCGCUCGUUCCCAAGGUUGCAUCCAUGCAACUGUUGGAACUCUAUACCAAGACUCUCCCGUCUGCAACUCACCUUGUUCCAUCCCUGAAUAUUCUCCUCACCCCAUUGCACCACCUUACCGAUCCGUCAAUUCCCAUCCCGUACUCCACGGAUCCGUCCUAUACACCACGAGUCCAGGAACUCCAAGAGAAGGCCCGCGAGCUGAUGGAGACAUUACAAAAGAAGGUUGGCACGGAACUGUACACACGAGAAGUCCUGGAAGUUAGAGAAGCAGUCAAGAGACGCAGAGAGGGUCGAGCCAGGAAGAGAAAGAUCGAGGCAGUAGCGUAUCCGGAUCGAUACGGCCAGUUCAAGAGGGGCAAGCUGGACAAGAAGAUCAAGCGCAGGAAGGAGAGAGCGGGAGAGGAGAGGCAACGAAGACACGGUGCGAGGUAUUGA